ACAAAGCCUUUUGAAAAAUUUGAGCCUUAUGGCUUCUUCCUCGACCGGCACAUCUUUUGCAAUCGUCGAUCAUGGCGGUGGCCCGGAGAUAUCUUCCUUACAUCCAGAAAUCAUCCAGACCCACAUCCUGACCCUACUCGACGGUCCGACUCUCGCCUCCGCUGCCUGCGCAUCGUCCCAAUUGCACAAGCUAUCCAACGAAGACAAGCUCUGGCGUGACAUCUGCUCCACAGAGUGGCCGUCGACUGAACACCCUCUUGUCAGUCUCGCUAUCUCCUCGUUCCCAGCCGGGCACCGUUCGUUUUACUCGGACUCAUUUCCGGCCAUCGAUCACCGCUCACAGACGAAGAAUACCAACCGUUCAUCUCUCCCGUCGGUGCUGCUCUCCGCCGUCGACAUCCACUACAAGGACGAGCUUAUUUUGUCUAAAGUUCAUGAGACUGUGACAGAGUCCGAGACAGGGUGGUUUCUCUGCUCGCCUUUCCGGGUCGACCUGCUUGACAUAAAAGAGUCGGUUCAGACACAGAUACGGCAAGUCGGAGAUGAAAAGGCGUGGCUCGAGAACCUGGAGGAGAACUUGACCUUAAGCUGGAUCGUGAUUGACCCAAACCAAAAUAGGGCGGUGAAUAUUUCCAGCCGGAGACCCGUUUCGGUCCAGCGGCAUUGGUUGACCGGGGAGAUACAGCUCCGCUACGCGACGAUUAUGGCUGGGGAUCAUAGUUCGUUGACUUCGGAGUUCGUGCAGUGCGCGGUUGUAGUGACGUGCGGGGGGAAGGCGGGAAAGGAGAUGGAUGUGAGGGACGUGAGCAUGCUGAUGGAGGACAUGGAAGGGAAGCAUGUGAACGGGAGGGAGAGUUUGGUAGUUCUGAAGGCAGCCAUGGAAAGUGGGAAGAGAAAGAAGGAUACGAGAAAAGGGGAAGGGAAAGAGAGGUUCGAAGAGUAUUUGGAGAUGAAGAAAGAGAGGAGUGAGAGAAAGAAGAGGAGAGAGAAGGCGAUGGACAUAGCUUGCAUUCUUACCGGGGCUACUAUUUUCUUGACCUUUUGGUCCUUUCUUUUGUUCAGUUAGAUAGGGAAAUAAACCGCCACUUUUACAGUUAUUGUUACAGUUGAUACAGAAAGGGACCAAUACACAUUGUUUAAU